CAUCCGCUUGUUUCAACCUGAAGCCAUGGCAUCUUAUUCCAAGUUCGGGUCGAUUUGCUGAAACUCAGUCAAUUCCAAGUCCGUAUACAUUCACUGCUAAAUGGGACAGGCAUAUGAGAAUGGUUCGUGUUUCUGUCGACGGUGAUAGAAAUAACCCAAUACAAGGUUUUCUCAUACAGGCUAGAUUGGGAAUUUACGAACCCGGUAUUGGCAGCUUCAUAAACAUAACCGAGAAUGCUAAUGUUAAGUAUCUGGACUGCUCACUUUCAGGAUCUGAGUUCUCACCUGAAUCAAGUGUGACUCACGCGGAUACGUCCAAUAGAGAGAACUUAGUUUUCUACUGGCAACCACCAAAAACAAUUACGACAACUAAAAACGUCACUUUUUAUGCAACACUGGCCAAAAAUAAACAUACGUUUUGGGUUAUGGAGGAAAGUGAUCCGGUAAGCUUGGUCUUGGCCUUUGGUGAUACAGAAACCACGAUAACAGGAUCAAGUAUUUCUGUUUCGUCAAGUGAAGGUGUAGAACAAACCACUAAGAAGGUUAUGUCCUCGACCACGCCCACAAAAAAUAACGGACCAAUUCCAGCAUCAUUCAAUAUUUCAAUGAUAAGUAUAUUGUUGGUAAUUGUUUCAAGAAUAUCCCUGGCAAUUUAA